CAUUAUAAAAGAGUCCUGUCAGGACAAGGCCUCUCACCCAACAGACCAGUUUUUGAUGGGGUGAUAUGUUAUCGGUUGUCUGUUGUUUCUAGCCUCACUUGUGGACAGACGGUCCUUUUGGCAGACUGGUUUUACAGCAGACUCGUAACCAUCUUUUAAUACUGCGGCGAAGUCAGGACAUCAACGCCAUGUCCCUAAAAGUUUGGAAGUACGUACUCAUCAUUCUCAUCUUGCUCGGAAUCAUCUUCCUGGUCCACAACUUUACCAUUGGGAAGAACUGGAAGACUAAUGUAGUGUCACCACCGUACGACAACCGGAAUUGGAAUCGGUCAUCGAAUCUCUCUAAAAGCCUCCCAACACUUCACCACUAUCGCACCUUCUGUCCCCAUCUGGGCAAGCCUUCAUCACCCGAGGAAGAGCUGGAGGAACGUAGCCUGUUGAACUCUAUCACCUGGCCCCAACUGCCCUCUGGGUUAGCAUCACUCAACUUGGUUCAGACGAGUGACCCGGCCCACAGCCUGUUUACAAUCGAAACCUCCAAAAUCAAGCCGAGUUGGUACGUGGGCGACCAGCUAGAAGUGCGGGUCCAACUGCGCGACUUCAAGGGCCGACCCAAGCGCUAUGGCGGCGAUUUGCUGUUGGCCAAGUUGCAUUCCCCAAAGUACAGGGCAGGUGUGGCUGGGCAAGUGUUGGACCAUAAGAACGGACUUUAUUCCGUUCUCUUCCCGCUGCUCUGGGAGGGCUCGGCUAAGGUUAACAUCAUGAUGGUACACUCGAGCGAGGCCAUCGCUGUGUUACGCCGGCUGAGGGACUACCGGCCCGAUCGGGUGUACUUUUCCAGUUUCUUUCGCCGAGGCAAUCAUUCUGAGAGGAUGAUCUGCAACAUGUGUCUGCCGCCAGACAAGGGGCCAUUGUGCAACUAUACGGACCUUCACACUGGUGAACCUUGGUUUUGCCACAAGCCCACACUGCUCAGCUGUGAGACCAGAAUCAACCACCUCACGGGAGGCUACACCCAAGGCAUCAUUACUAAAAAGGAAGCUUUACUCUUUCAGAGUGGCAAGAAUGUGAAAGUUACCAUCCAUGCGUCCAAAACUGACACUAUCAACGUGCUCCCUCCUAAGAAAGAAAACGUCAGUCAAAUACAGGAUCCCGUGAAGCUGGCGACAUCUGGGUACUACUAUCAGGGCUUGUGGAGGCCAUUGGGCGGUUUUUCCAUGCAUCAGUUUAACAACGCAUCUGCCAUUACUCAGUGUUUGACUAACAAGUUGGUCUACAUGUAUGGUGACUCCACUAUGCGCCAGUGGUUCGAGUAUCUUGUCAGUGUCCUUCCAAACUUGAAGAAAGUCAACUUGGAGAAUCCCAAAAAAUCAGGGCCCUUCAUGGCAGUGGACAGCACCCAUAACAUUCUGGUCCAGUACCGCUUCCAUGGCACACCCGUUCGAAUCCAGCCAGUCUUGAUCAGCGAGUUGCGCUACAUUGCUAACGAGCUGGAUGGUGUGACUGGCGGUCACAACACAGUGGUGACGAUUGGCAUCUGGGCUCAUUUUGCCACCUUCCCUGUGGAGGUGUAUAUAAACCGCCUUAGGCAUAUCCGUAAAGCCGUGGUACGACUCCUAGACCGGGCGCCGAAGACGCUGGUGGUGGUCCGCACGGCCAACCCUCAGGCUCUAAAGCAGAAAAUUAGCUUGUACAAAAGUGACUGGUUGACACUCCAGCAGGACAUCGUGCUUCGCACCAUGUUCAAGGAUCUAAAUGUUAUUCUGGUGGACGCCUGGCAGAUGGUCUUGGCGCACCAUGAACCUCACAACCUGCACCCUUCGAGAGUUAUUGUCAAGACCAUGGUAGACAUGAUGUUGUCCUACAUUUGUCAAGAUGGGACCAGGAACAAUGUAUGAAGUGAAUACAGUGGUGCCUCUACUUACAAACCUUUUGAGAUACGAA